AUGGAUCGUGAAACAAAUUCAAGCUUUUUGAAAGUGGAGGACAGUAAGUUGUGUACCGUUUUAAAUAUUUUAACUUUUCAUUAAAUUUUUCAAAAUUUAAGAUUCUGAAUUUUCAAUUUUUUUAAAAAAGCUGUUUUUCAGUGUCAGGAGAAAUAAUUUCAACUACGAUGUUGUACCCAAGCUAUGUGUUUUUCGAUGGUAUAGUAAUUCCAAAAUUGCAGCCUCAAAUCAAAACUCCGUGUGGUUUUGUAGCACGGUCGUACGGCAACUUUACUCAAUUUGAUGUUCAAAUUACGUAGGUUUCUUUGAAAUAUUACCAGUCGCUUUUUUAAGUAGGGUAGGGAAGGUAUUAUAAUGUAGGCCGGGGUGGAGAAAAGAAGUCUCGUAAAAAUUAAAGGGCAGACUCUAGUACUCGCAGUAAAGGGAAGAUAGAGCACCUUUAUAAUCUAGCUGAGCAGCGCAGGGUAUUACCGGGUAGGCCAAGGCAAGACAGCCUACCGUUGGGUUUAUAACGGUAAGGUAAGGAAUAGACUAGGGUAGAGCUUACAUUUCAAUUAUUUCUUUUCAGUCAAAAUCAACCGGUAGAGAGCUUUAUGAUUGAGAUGACAAUUCAAGACCAACCCUUGAACUACCCGAGGAACGUGACAAUAGAUCCAGCCGAUGAUCCGAGUGUCAUUGAUGAUGUGACAAACAGAACAUACAACCCACUGAAUGCUUUUGAAGAAUAUAAUCAAUAUUGGUGGCCUGUCGCGCUGCUUUUUGGUUUGAUAGGGUAAGGAAGUUUUAGAAAGUACUAUAAUAUAAAAUGCGGUUUUUAAUUGUACUAUAAAGCUUUAUAGCUAUAAAGUAUUGCCAAAAAAAUUAAAAAAAAUUUUUUAGCGGAAUUUUCUUGGGAAGCGGAGUUCUUCUUCUUGGCUUAUACUGCUAUUUACACUAUCCAACCCCAGAUCGAGACCCGGAAGUGAUUUUGUUUGGUCCAAAACCUCCGAAGAAGCCCAAAGAACUGUCAGAGAGCAUCAGGGAGACCAUAGAGGAAAAGCUGGAAUCGGCCAAAAAGAGAAAAGACAAUUUAAAACAACGCAAAAAGGAUAAAUGA